AUGCGCCAAAAUGCUGAAGAUCUUCACAGUUUUAUGCGGGAGCUGGACACAUGGGAGGAAGACAUCAAGAGGAAGGAUGAGCAGCUCCGAUCUGGAGAAGUUCAGAGAGAAGAAGAGAAAAAUCUCCCUCCUAUUCGCAACAAAGAUUACAAAGCAAAGAUGAGGGAUAAGAAAAAAACGAAAUCAGCUUCUGCAUGUAACGGCCAUGGUGACAAGGGAAAUGCAAAUACAGACAAGAAAAACCAAAGAAUAAAAGGAUAUGAUUACAGAUCCUGGGAUAAAUUUAAUGUGGACAAGGUCUUGGAAGAAAUGGAUAAAGAAAGUCCAGUCGAGUCAAAUGAAUCAGACCCCGAGGAGAUUGCGGUGGAUCGAGAGAAGGCCCUUGCUGAGAAAGAAAAAGGAAACACAUAUUUUAAAGAGGGUAAAUACGAUGAUGCUAUUGAGUGUUACACCAGAGGAAUGGCUGCUGACGCUUACAAUCCAGUGCUUCCAACAAACAGAGCUACAUCCUUCUUCAGACUCAAAAAAUAUGCAGUGGCAGAGUCAGACUGUAAUUUGGCUAUUGCGCUGGAUAGCAAGUAUGUGAAGGCUUAUUUACGAAGAGGAGCAGCGCGAUUUGCUCAACAGAAAUAUGAACCUGCAUUAGAAGAUUAUGAAACUGCUCUCAAACUCGAUCCGGGCAACAUCGAGGCGCAGAAUGAAGUGAAAAAAAUAAAGGAGGUUACUGGUUCCCGUAUAGCCGCUCCAACAGAAGAAACAAUAUUGACCAAAGACGCCCCGACAGUUGACCCCGAGCAGCAAAAGCUAAUGGAGGAACAGCAAAGAAAACAAGAGGCGGUGUUUCAAAAAGACAGGGGAAAUGCUUAUUUUAAAGAGGGAAAGUAUGAAGUGGCUGUAGAGUGCUACUCCAGAGGGAUGGAAGCUGACAGUAUGAAUGUUCUUUUGCCAGCGAACAGAGCAAUGGCCUACCUUAAACUCGAGAGGUUUAAGGAAGCUGAGGAAGACUGCACCAAGGCCAUUUCUCUGGACAACACAUACUCCAAAGCGUUUGCACGACGAGCCACAGCCAGAGUGUCCUUAGGAAAACUUGAUGAGGCCAAAAACGAUUUUCAAAAAGUUUUAGAACUUGAACCUGGAAACAAGCAAGCCUUGAACGAGCUUCAAAAAAUACAGGAUGUUUCUACUGGAUGUGUACUGUCCCCUGAUUGCACACCAAGAAGAACCGUCAAACCAAUAGAUAAACCGAAACAUCUGCAGUCCACAAAACCUCUUAUGCAAAUCAACAUAGAAGAAGUGAAUGGGAAAGUGUUGGCCCCUCCUGUACCAGUGAGGGAGAUCCCUGAUGCGGAUCAAGCUCCAGAGGACACAUCUCCACGGUCGACGUCCCCAAGCGCCAAGAUGAUCAAAAUGGAAGAACUUCCAGAUCCUUCACCGUGUCAGUCAGAACUAUCCACUGAAGCAAAACCUCCGUCACUUAGAGUUACUUCUGCUCCCAAUACAUCAGUCCAACCCUCUUCACCAGUCAUGGACCUCCCUCCUCCUCCACUCAACAGCUUUCAAUUUGAAGCUGACCUUCGUAAAAUUGGAUCUCAAGAUGAAAUCAUUUACUCCUAUGUGAAACAAAUUAAACCAGAGGCAUACCAGAAGAUAUUCCACAACUCGCUCGAACCAUGUAUUCUUAACCAGAUCCUGCAGACAUUGCAUACUUUUUACAUCAAGAAUGAAACGCCAGCCCUCACUUUUGAAAUACUCCAUAAUUUAGCCAGUGUUAGACGUUUUGAUAUGGCAGUCAUGUUCAUGUCAUCUGCAGAGAAGAAAGUGCUAAAGGAGCUCUUUGAUUUUCUUCACCAAAGUCACCUUGAGUCAUCCUCUGUCACAUCUUUACAGAAGAAGUAUGGCAUAUAA